GGAUGGAUGUAUUGGACCAAGCGGACCAGGAGAAAAAAGCCAGUGAUUGCCUUGGGGAGUAAGUGGUAGCCCACCGUGAAUUCUCCAAUCUGAGCGCCGUCCUUAUUUUCGUCUUGACGGAAUUAGGUGGUGCUUCCUCUUCUCCGCCUUCUCUCCCUCGCAGUCUCACUCCCUACAUCUCGACCACCGAAUCACACGCGCAUAUACGGAGAGAAGAGAAGAGACGAGACAGAGAGAAGAGGAGAGAGAAUCAUGUCGAAGAAGAAAGCUUUCGCUGGCAGCACUAUGACCCUCAAGGACUUCCAUGGCGGCUCCAUUCCAUCUGAUCUGCCUCUUCCGUCAGCUCCUGGUGUAACUGUUAGACCUGUGGAUCGGUCCGGUUAUGACCGACCAGGAUCUCGGGGACACUCGAUGGGUAUGGGCCGGCCUGAUCAUCGUGCCCGGCCUCACUCAUCUCCAGCUACGAGGCAUUUCGAUGAUAAAUCCCCAUUUCUUACUCAUACAGCGCAGAUUGGCCGUAAUUUUGAUGAAGAUGAACGUAAACCCUUGGAUGGAGGUUCGGCCCCCAGGAGAACUGUUAGUGAUGACAGCUUUCGGGCCCCUCUGAAUCGUACAGAGCUGAGACCGGAGCCUGUGUCAACCAGUUGUGUUACCCCUAGGCAAGGGAUGGGUCCGGUUGUGCAGAGUGGGGCGGUGAGUUCCUACUCUGUUAGGGUUACUGAAGCUGUGCAUGUUGGGAAUCAACAAAAUGUGGGGGCUAAUAUUGGGAAGAGUGUUGGCGGGCCUCAUCAAAAUGUUUGGGCAGCAAGAAAGGAGGCCAUGGGUGUUCCUGAGCCACUGCAAUCAAACUGGUCUAGGCAGAGUGCUGCUCAGAAGCUGACGCAUGCCAGUGCGCUUGAGAAAGUCUCGUCGGGAAGAUGGCAGUCGAAGAACACCAUCCCUUGUCCUGUGAAGGUUGAUACGGUUAAGAAUUUGGAGACAGAUGGUGGCCUAGAUUCCAAGGGUUAUGAUGAUAAUAUGUACAAGAGGGUGGAUGUGGUCGGCCAGACAGAGUAUGCUGAUGCGACAUUGGCAAGGCAAAUGGAGAGGGGCAUGAAUAUUGAUCACGAGUUCCAGGUUGCUAGAAAGGACUUUUUGGAUCAUGAAAUGGUUGGGUGUCCAUUGGCUUCAGAAGUACAAUUGAAUAAAUCAUUAGGUUAUGCUGAUGGCGCUCAACUGCCUCUUAAUGAGAGCAAAUAUGGUGUGUCUGAUGUGCAAUCGCUAGUGCAUUCUGAAGUUUUGCAAUGUCCUAUACUGAAGUUGCUUCCAAGAACAAAAACAUUGGAGAGUGGCGAACCUCCUGCCAUUGAUCACAAGCAGGGUUGCCAACAGCCGAUCAGUCCUGCUCAAGGUAUCACUGAAACAGUUACUGUAUUUCAUACAGUAAAAAAUCCCGCAAAACCUGGUUUAGCCGUCUCUAUGGGUGGAAACCAUGCAGUAGAACGCCCGAAAUUAAAUCUAAAGCCACGAUCACAGCCUCAACAAGUAGAAGGGAGUGAUAUUCGGGAAGGGAGGGCAUUGUUUGGUGGUGCUCGUCCAAGAGAACAAGUUCUUAAGGAGCGAGGGUUGGAUGAUGUUGCUAUAACCAGGCCUGAUAUUUUGGGUCAACAUUCUGAUGGGAAUAAACAUAGCAUUCUCAAGACUGAAAGAGGUGCCGAGCAUUCAAUUUCCACUAGCCACAGUGAAAGAAUUGAGAAUCCUACUCAUCAUCUGAGAACGGUAAAGAAAUUUGAGAGGAAGGAUUUCAGUGCAGAUGUUGAAAGAGGUGACAUGCAGAGGAGGAAUUAUGGUGCGGAUGUUGAAAAAGGUGAGAUGCAGAGGAAGAAUUGGCGUAAUGAGAACCAGAAGAAUAAUGAGAGGCGGCAGCAGCAGCAGCAAUUGUCACAGGAGAGGCAGCCUUCUCCAGAAACUUGGCGAAAGCCUGUUGAGCAACCGAAAUCAUUGUCUGAUGCAACUGGUGCGCGCCAUGGAAAAGCGGCUUCAGCGGUGGAGCUAGCCCAAGCAUUUUCAAGAUCAUUUUCAGAUCCAAAUGUAGCAGAUCCGUAUUCUAGUCAAAGAGGCCUCCCAGGCAAGACACAAGUGCCCUUUUCAAGACUCAUGGACCCAGCAGCAAGACCUAAGAUCAAUGGCUACUAGCUUUGAAUACUUUUUUGCGCAAUGGUGUUUGCAACAUUGGUGGUAAAAAGAUGGUCUCAGUUAUUUUAGAUAUAGUUAGGUGCUAGCUGGGUUGCCCACAGCUGGGAAGCAUAGAGGGCGUCUGACUUCCAACUCACUGAUUUUUCACGCAAAUGAUGGCCAUGCGAAGGGAUUGCGUUGUCCACUUUUUUGAGUGUGGCCUCCUUAUUGACAAUGUCUCUUUAGUUGACAAUUAUAUGGUUCCUCAAUUUUUUCAGAGGACGAUUGAUUUGUUUUUGUCCUAAUAAUUUACAAAAUCAUGAAUGGUAACUCGACUCUUUUUUUUAUAA